UUGUUGCCGUGUUUCGUGUCUUUGGGAGCUCCCAGCCAGUCCUCUCAUGAUCACACUGGUACUACUGUGUCGCUUCACUUAAACACAGGCGGACACACAAUGCUCAGCUGGCUGGACGGCGGACAGGACACGUAACUUUGUGUCAAUUUGCUCCUUCUUUGUUACUAUGCUGUGUGUUACUUUGUGAAUGCAUAUCACCCACCGCAGUGCAACAAUGAGAGGCAUCCUUAAGAGAAAGUUUGCAGAGGUUGAUGACAAUGCCUACUCAUCCUCCUCCUCCUGCUCGUCUCCUCCAUCCUCCCUCUCCUCUCCUGCCUCCUCAGAGUCAGACUCUGACGGAGAGCGCGGCUCUUCUGAAAAUCAAAAUUUUACACCUCGCAGCCCUGCUUCACCCACCAGUUUGCCCACUCACUCCAUCCUGAAGAGGCCUAAGCUUGCAAGCAGACCGUGCAGCGUACGCUUUGACCAGGUGACAGUGUUCAGCUUCCCGCGGUGCCAGGGCUUUACCAGCGUACCCAGCCGUGGAGGUGCCACCCUUGGCAUGGUGCGGAAGCACAGCAGCCUUCAACGGUACACAAUAUCCGAGCAUGCACUGGAACAACGGCACAGGCGCAGACAGAGGCUCAGAGAGAGACGGAGGAAAGAGCGGUUAGAAGCUUUAAAACACAAACUGAUUACCAGUGGGGCCAUUGACCAGCAGGAAGCAGACAGGCUUACUACAGAUCAAAUCCCAGAUGAAGACAGUGACAGCGACGUCAGUGAUAGCGAUCAGGAGGACAGAGGUUUCCUUCAGCCAUUCUCCUCUAAACAACGUCAAGCCAUCCUCCAAGCAGCAGGGGUCAAGUUCAUCGACAGGGAGGAGAAGAGGCAGCUUCAUGCCUUGCGACUCUCUAGAGAGACCUGUGGAUGUGACUGCCAAGGCUUCUGUGAGCCGGAGACCUGCGCAUGCAGUCUGGCGGGCAUUAAGUGUCAGGUGGACCACUCCAAUUUCCCGUGUGGCUGCAGUAAGGACAGCUGUGGUAACAUUCAGGGACGCUUCGAGUUUGACUCCUGCCGUGUGCAGACUCAUUACAUCCACACUGUCAUGAGGCUGGAAUUAGAGCGCCGUUUGCAAGAUGAAAAACAGAGCCCCGAGGAUCGGGCUGGACUUACAGAGGUGAUUCAACAGCAUGAAGAGGAGGAGGAGGAGGUCUGUACAGAGCAGGAUGCACAGGACAAGAGCUGUCCCUUUGGCUUUACCUCAGAGGAGGCUGGCCUUCCUGUCACCAUGCCUGCCACCCCUUCAUUCCAUUUCAUCCCAGAACGCUUGGUAGUGGAGGAGAACAGCUGCAGCAGUGAUAUGACUGAAUCCUCUUGCUCUUCCUCUGACUGCGAUGCAGGAGGAGGCUGCAGCGGGGGUCACAGUCUCCCUGAGGUUGAUGGAGGGUUGAGCCGUGCUCUUAGUCUCUGUGACUCGGACAAUAAUAACUACUCCUCAUACAGCCACCUGAGGCUUCAAAGAGACCCAGUGACACAGCACAGCAGCAGCAGCGGCGGCUCUGCCACUCACAGCAGUACUACUGACAGUACGGGACCACACACAGUCGACACAUUCGCAGACAAUAUAAGCAGGAACUCGGUGACAGAUUAUCUCGAUGAAAAUGCGAAUCAACCCAGAGACGUCUUCGACGACGACUCUCUCGAUGGCUUGCCAAACACGCCCUCUCCCACUGUGGACUAUUCCAGAUACAUGGACUUGAGUCUGUCCUCUGACUCCGACCUGGAGUUCUUUGACAGCGAUUAUCCCUGCGGACCACUGCACAGUUCUUUCAAAGGGCACAGACACCCAGACAGUUUUCGCCACCUCCAGCUGUUUAGCUCCGUCAGUUUGCCACAGUACGAGUCGAGCACCCAGCUCCUGGAGUCUCUGAUCGGGUUAACUGAACAGAACACAGAGUAGAUUCAUUCAGUCACUGAUACCCAACUUUUUUUUUUUUUUUAAGCAGAUUUAAGGAAUUCUUGUGAUACGAUAAAAGAAAAUGUGUGAGAGAAUGUAAUGUCCAGAGCACUGCGUUUAUGUAUUUGUAAUAAUAUUUUGAUGUACAAAGAAUAAUGGAUGAUGACAUAUUUUUCGUAGCUGGAUAUUUUUCUAUUGCUGAAAAAAUAUUUGCCUUGAAGAAGUAUUUGCCUAGAAUAUGUCUUUUUUAAUUUCCUAAAACUAUAUAAUAAUAAUCCGAUGUGUUAUUUAAUUUUUUUUUUGUCAUCGUGCCCAUACCACAGAGAGUAUGCAAGAAGAGAGAGGUGCCAUGUGAAUAGAAACACGUGUAUACUGCUGGAAGGUGGCCAAGACAGGAUAGAGCUAAUCCACUGUGACUCAUGACUCCAGCCUCUAGUAUGUGAAUAUUUUUCCUUAAUAACUGCCAGGGUCACUGUGGAUUAUCUGUUAUGUGUUUAGCAGUAUCGUCAGAGUGUGUCUGUGAUGGAAUAAUAAAAUAUUUUUAUUUAUUUGAUUGCAA